AUGGUCAUGAACAUGAAGGGGCACAACGGCCUGCAUCCUUGUCGCAUGUGCAGCAUCAAGGGCCUGCGUAUACCUGGUCGUGACCGCGUCACCACGCACUACGUGCCUCUAGACCGCACGCGCCAUCCCUCCACAAGAGCGGAUCCUACUGCGACAAAGUCCUAUGAUCCAGCCCAUCUCCCUUCACGCUCACAUGCGCAGAUCCUUCAGCAAGGCCGCGCUGUACAGCUGGCUCCCUCGCAGGCGGCUGCAGACCGACUGUCCAAGAGCACCGGUGUGAAGGGGGUUUCAAUCCUAUAUCAACUCCCCUCCAUCCAGUUUCCCACCUCCUUUCCCUACAACUUCAUGCACCUCAUCUUCGAGAAUGUUAUCAAGAACCUAAUCAAGCUCUGGACGGGUGAUUACAAGGAUAUCCCCGAGGGAACCGGCGACUAUCAGUUCGAGCGCACGGCCUGGGAUGCCAUCGGUGCAGCCACUGGCGCUUCUGGGGACACCAUACCAGGUGUUUUCGGCGCCCGUCCACCCGAUAUUGCUCAGGACAACACUAGCUCCACUGCCGACACUUGGUCCUUCUGGAUCCUCCAUAUCGGCCCCGCCCUCCUUUCGUCACGCUUUAAACGCCCCGUAUAUUACUCUCAUUUCAUCUCGUUCGUCCGCCUGGUCAACUCGUGCAUGAAGUUCAAGAUAUCACGUCAGGAGCUCGACCUAGUACGCCAAGGCUUUCGGGAUUGGGUUGUUACAUUUGAGAAGUGCGUGUUCCUUCUCUUUCGCUCCUUCCUGUCUUGUCAACAACUCAUCGCUGUUACUUAG